UGUUGCUGCCUGGAUCUUCUUCCUGCCGGACGGACUCCGCGGGGAUGUCCGUGCAGGUUGCCUGUCUGUCGUUCCGGCAGCCGUACGCCGGUCUGGUUCUGGACGGGGUGAAGACGGUGGAGAGCCGCUGGAGGCCGCUGCUGGCCCCGCUGGAGAGCCGCACGCUGGCCGUGCACGUCGCGCAGCGGGACUGGGAGGGAGAGGAGUGGCGGGCGGUGCUGAGCGACGCGCUGGGGAUGAACCGGCCGCAGAUAGAGGCGCUCCUGGAGUCCGCGGAGAGGUUCGGCCGCGGCGUGGUGGCAGGGCUGGUGGAUGUGGGCGGGACUUGGCUGUGCCCCGCCUCCCCGCCGGAGGAGGAGCUGCGGCAGCUGGAGAGAUCGGCCGUUCUGAUUGGUCUGGAGGGGAAGCACCUGACCCGUCUGACCAACCCGCGCUGGCUGCAGGCGCCGCUGCCCGCCAGAGGCUGCAGAGACGUCUGGACUGUGGAGAUCCCCGCCCACCUGCUGCCCUGACACACACACACACACACACACACACACACACACACACACACACACACACCUACACUUGUGAGGACCAAUAAAUCAGGGACUCAUCCUGAUAUUAAUUGCAGAAAUAAACAGCUCUUUAAUAGACUGAGAAAAUUGAUUGAUUGUAAUUUUGAUCACUGUGGAGUCGACCGCUACUUCCGAACAAACUUUGUUCAUUGAUUGAUUUGAUUUAAAACUGUUUUGAUUUAAAAUGGAAUAACAAUAACAACUAGAAAAGUGCAGGUUCUGGGGAAACUGCGUGGGCAAGCUGGAGGACUGACCGAGGUGCUUGGGAGAGAAUCAUCUGAAAGUAGUGGUCAAAACAAUGUUUUUUUCCUCAAUGACAGUAAGUCUGAGCAGAAAAUAAAAUGUAUCAUGAGAAAGGCAAGGCUUUGGGCUUUCAAACUGUGUCAGAAUUAUUUUU